UUAACCUCGCAUCACGUUAAAGAUAAUAUCCGCAACUUCCUUCAAUUGAUAAUUAAUACAUGUAUAUAUACAGAUUACUAUAUUUAUUUAUUUCUGAUUGCAACUAAUUAAAUUUGAAAACCUCAUAGAAUUUCCACCUUCUCGGUUAUAAUAUUGCAAUGCAAGAAUAUUUGAAAUCUUAUCUUGAAAGCUCUGCCGUCCUUCACUGGCGAAGUAGAGAGUAUGAUUAAAUGAUUAAUUUUAUGAUUAAGUAAGUCAAAUUAAAUUGUAAGAUUAGUAGACUUUAUACAUGUUGACAAAAUCUGUUUCGUAUUGAUAAAAAGUAAAAUUUUGCGCAUUUAUAUGUGUGAUUUUGAACGGUAUUUACUUAAAUCUUAGUGUUGAAAAAGUAACAAAAUAAUAAUGCUUAAAAUAGCGCUAAUAAUCAUUUCCCUAGUAAUCGCUGCUUUAUUCGCGAGAUAUUACUUUUGGCGAGGGCGUCUAAAAAAUGUUAACAAUAAGCAUGUUGUUGUAACUGGAGGAUCCAGUGGCAUAGGAAAAUGUGUAGCAAUUCUUGCUGCCAAGUAUGGAGCACAUGUAACAAUAAUUGCAAGGGAUGUUCAAAAAUUAGAGGCAGCAAGAAAUGAAAUAAUUCGUGCAUGUAAAAAUAAAAAUGUUCAAAAAGUAGAAUACUUGUCCUUGGACAUUGGGGAUGACUACAACAUGGUUGAGAAAGCUUUAAAUGAUUUAGAGAGAACCAUGGGACCAAUAUAUAUGUUAGUAAAUUGUGCUGGUACUGCAAUUUGUGGGAAAAUUGAAGAUACCUCAGUGGAAGAUCUAAACAAAAUGAUCCAUAUUAAUUUUCUGGGAUCAUAUUAUUGUACAAAAGCUGUUGUUCCAAGAAUGAAAGCUUCUCAAGAUGGAAUUAUUGUAUUAACAUCUUCUCAAGCUGCAUUAUUAGGUAUAUUUGGUUAUUCAGCUUAUUGUAGUACAAAGUUUGCUCUCCGUGGCUUGGCAGAAAGUAUAUCCAUGGAACUUGCACCGUAUAACAUUUCUGUGACCCUUAGCUUACCUCCAGACACUGAUACACCUGGAUUUGCUAUAGAAGAAUUGUCCAAACCUCUUGAAACAAAACUUAUAUCUCAAACUAGUUCUUUAGUCAGUCCAGAAGUAGUAGCAGAUAAACUUUUUAAGGAUGCAUUGGCGGGAAAAUUCUUCUCUACGGUCGGUAUAGAAGGUUUCAUGUUGACUGUACUAUGCGUGGGAAUGUCACCAUUUAAUUCCAUCAUGGAAUUGCUUUCGCAAUCGAUGUUGGUUGGUUUAUUCCGGCUUGUAAGUGCCUGGUACCUUGUAAAUUUCAAGAAAAUCAUCCAAAACUGUAUGAAAAUGCGCGAUAAGAAUAAAAAAUCUGAAUAAAUGUUUAUCCGGAGUUCAGAGAUGCAAAGCUUUCAUGAUGCAACAAGUAUGUGAUGUUUGUAAUAUGUUCGAUAUUUACGUAAUAAAUUUAAUAUUAGUAAA